AUGAGCUCUAAUUCUCAAAAAUUAUAAAAGCAAAAUAGCUAAUCUGAUAAUGAAAUCGAUGCACAUCAGAACAAGGCUAUAAAACAAGACUGUGUAUAGAUUUAAGCUAAAUCAAAAAAUAUACAAAAGAAAAAUCCAGAAUAAAUUAGAGCAAAAUAAGUUCAAAUUGAUUAGAUUUCUCAAUUCAAAUUUGAUAGUUCAUUGUAUUAUAAGAUGAAUUUAAGAGAAUAGACCAUUUACGAUUUUGAUUUUCUAAAAAUAGAUAAAGAUCUAUUGUCUAAUUAGACUUAAAUUCUAAUUGAGGAUAAGAAAUCGAAAAAAAAGUUUCUUAUAAAGCCAAUCCAAACUGAAAGUGAAAUAAUUCAAAAAUUAUUUUAAUUAAAUUCUAAAUUUAUCUUAACACCUCAAAACAUUUUCAGUCAUCAUGUCCAGACACAAAAAAUUGAUAAUCUUGCAAAGGAAAUAAAAAUAAUUCAUUUAAAGUUUCAACUACUUUUGUUUUAAUAUUGCAGCAAAUCGAUUCUGCAUUUUUCUCAUGAAUUGUCAAAUGCAAAACUAAAAAUAAUACUUGGCGAUUUAUUAUAAGCAUUGAUGUCAGCAAAGGAGAAUUAACUCGUAUUAGAUGAAAUAACUUUGGACUCCAUCUUGUAUUGCGAGGAAAAUAAUAAUUUCAAGCUCAAUGACUACGCCAACGCAACAAUUGGUGAUAACUAAAGUAAUGUAACCGAUUUAGGAAUGUGUUUCGCUCAACUCAUUCAAUAAAAGAAUUCAAGGCGGAGAUAUUAAAAUUUAUAAAUCAAUUUAAAUGAAUGGAAAUUGAAUAAUAAAGAUGACCCAUUUACAAGUAUUACCUUACAAAUGAUCAUGAAUGAAAAAUCACUUGAUGAAAUCAAUUAUUAAUUGUAAUUAAUAGAUUGUUGA